CUGAAUUGGAGGAAUCGGUCAUUAUUUUGAUGUGAAGACUUCAUCACCGACAUCUAUAUGUUCAUUUGUUGGCCUCCAGGAACUAGUGCAGUUCAUCAGUGGCAAUAACUGACAUUUCUUUGGAAAAAAACCCCAAAUAAACAAAAAACCCAGCAGACAAAACCCAACAGACCUUUUGAAGACUUGUGUCAAAUGACGUCAAUGGCCAGUUUGUUCUCCUUUACUAGCCCAGCUGUAAAGCGUCUGUUGGGCUGGAAACAAGGAGAUGAAGAGGAAAAAUGGGCAGAAAAAGCUGUUGAUGCUUUGGUUAAAAAGCUGAAGAAAAAAAAGGGUGCUAUGGAAGAACUGGAGAAAGCCUUGAGCAGUCCAGGACAGCCCAGCAAGUGCGUUACUAUCCCCCGCUCUUUAGAUGGACGACUUCAAGUUUCUCACAGAAAGGGCCUUCCCCAUGUCAUUUACUGUCGUGUUUGGCGUUGGCCUGAUCUACAAAGUCAUCAUGAGCUGAAGCCUUUGGAUAUCUGUGAAUUUCCUUUUGGAUCUAAACAGAAGGAAGUCUGCAUCAAUCCAUACCACUAUAAGAGGGUGGAGAGCCCAGUUCUACCUCCAGUGUUAGUGCCUAGACAUAGUGAAUUCAAUCCACAGCACAGUCUACUAGUCCAGUUCAGGAACUUAAGCCACAACGAACCACACAUGCCACACAACGCGACAUUUCCAGACUCUUUCCAGCAACCCAACAGCACUCCAUUUUCCAUUUCACCAAACAGUCCCUAUCCACCUUCUCCAGCCAGCAGCACUUACCCGAGCUCCCCAGCUAGCUCUGGACCAUCCAGUCCAUUUCAGCUACCGGCUGAUACUCCACCUCCUGCAUAUAUGCCCCCUGAUGAUCAAAUGGGGCAGGAUAAUACGCAGUCUAUGGACACAAGCAAUUCAAUGAUCCCUCAAAUCAUGCCAAAUAUAUCUACCAGAGAUGUUCAGCCUGUUGCCUAUGAAGAACCCAAACACUGGUGUUCCAUCGUGUAUUACGAGCUAAAUAAUCGUGUUGGGGAGGCUUUUCAUGCAUCUUCUACAAGUGUCUUAGUAGAUGGGUUUACAGAUCCCUCCAAUAACAAAAACAGGUUCUGCUUAGGUUUGCUCUCAAACGUUAAUCGCAACUCGACAAUUGAGAACACUAGACGACACAUUGGAAAAGGAGUUCAUCUCUACUAUGUUGGUGGGGAAGUCUAUGCUGAGUGUUUAAGUGAUAGCAGCAUAUUUGUACAGAGCAGGAACUGCAACUACCACCAUGGCUUUCAUCCAACGACUGUAUGCAAGAUUCCCAGUGGAUGCAGUCUGAAGAUUUUUAACAAUCAGGAGUUUGCUCAGCUUUUAGCUCAGUCUGUCAACCAUGGAUUUGAAGCAGUGUAUGAGCUCACCAAGAUGUGCACCAUUCGCAUGAGCUUUGUAAAGGGCUGGGGAGCUGAAUAUCACCGACAAGAUGUGACGAGCACCCCAUGCUGGAUAGAAAUUCACCUUCAUGGGCCCCUCCAGUGGCUGGAUAAAGUACUUACACAAAUGGGUUCUCCUCUUAAUCCCAUCUCAUCUGUAUCAUAGUGCUGAAAUUCUAUCUUCAGCCUUAUUUUUAGCGAACUUAUUCUAAUUCUAGUGAAACUUCCAGUGUGGAUACUGUGAGCUAUAUGGAGAAUGGAUCUUACGGUUUAACUUCUUUUUUUAAAGCCCUUUGUGACCAAUUCCAUUGUGUAUAGCUAAUCAGUUUUACAUUUCAAUUUGUUCUUGUGAUGCUUAAGUGACAGUUGAGCCCUAAGGGUGGAAAAAAAAAGUCUAUUGAAAAGAUUCAGAACACUUCUCCCCUCCCUCCCCUAGAACUUACAGGCAUAUGUCUUAACUGGAAAAUGCUUUUUUGUCCUGGAGGGACACGAAUUAUGAAGACUGACUUCAGCAAAUAAAUACAUAUCAUAGUUUGGGAUUUUUUUACUGUUUGAACAUGUGCAGCUCCAGCUUGCAAGCUGUAGUUUUAGCAUAGUUGCUUAACAUCUUAAGGUUGACAUCUGUCAUAAGCAAA